UUCAGAUUCCAUUUUCCGCGAAAAUUAAAGCUUAAAAUGUCUCUUGUGGCGUACGAAUACAGCAGUGAUGAAGGCUCGGAUGCAGAAGAUAACCCGGAGGAAACAAUCACAGUCCCAGUCAAAUCGAAUGGCAUGCGGAGUAAACCAGAACCUGCAGGGCCUAUAGAAAACGACGCAAAUUCUGUUUCAGCACAUUUGCCUCUUCCCGCACCGAAGAAAGCGAAUGACCUGAACGUGGAAGAGGAGGAUGACGAGUUUCUUCGCAAAAAGGCUAUACCGGAAACAUCGCUUCCAGCUAAACCGAACGUACGCAAUGGCAAAGUGCAAAUCACAAUCCCGUCCAUGAGAGAGUUCAAAGAUGACGAUGCAGGAGGUACGAAGAAAAACAAACCAGUAAUUGGAGCGGCAUUACCGAACAAAUCCACUAGCCUGUUGAGUUUGCUGCCGAAACCGAGGACAGAACUGUUCGCAAAGCCAGUUUCCGCAACGAACUCGGCGGCAGGAAAUGUAGCUGGUCCUUCAACCGCGAGCGCAGGAUUUAAUAAACGAUUGGUCCCGGAUUCAGUCGCCAACCGGCCACGAAGUGUACCGGCAAGCACAGUUAAAGCGGUCGAUCGAAAGAAUGCUCCGAACGCUGGCAAUGCAUCCACACAAAGCACUCAAUCGGACCCGUCGUCAGCCACCAAAGAGGACAGCGAUGAGGAGGACGAUGGUGAGAAUGUAGAUUUCUUUUCCUUCAACAAAGUCGAAACCCUCCCCACCGUGAGCGCGAACGAGAUCAGUGCGAUGGUAGCGAAGAAAGCGGCCAAAAUUGCCGAAACCGUCCGCAAAUACACCGAACCAGAGGAACAACCAGAUCCGUAUGGUUCCGUGGGGCCAGACGAUGGGGCGACCAAUGCGCAGCAAAGCAAUCCGCCCACCGAUGAUUUGGCAAGCGAAACAGCCCUGGCCGCUCUAAUUGGUGGAAACCGGGCGAAACGAGCGCGUGUGGAACAGGUGGAUCUAAUCGAAAUUACAUCCGCCGAUAUUGUGCCCUCGAAGGAGGAUUUCUUACGCCGGCAGCUCCAGGACGAAACGGGCUACGUACCCACGGGCCAUCUCGUUGGCGAUUGGACGUGUACCAGCAAGCGGAAAUCGCACAUUACGCAGCUGGCAAACAAAGCGCAGGCCAACGCACAGGAACUGGAAGCCAUGUGGGCCGCUAACCGACAGUCGAAACGACAGACCCAGAGCAAAUAUGGCUUCUAGGCCAAUGUGCGUGUUGAUGCUACCUUUCUACGAUCACAAGAACGAUCAAGCGGAUGAACUAAAUAAACUGGCACUAUUUGAU